AUGAAGUCGUCAGAAUCGAAUCAAACGAAUAGUGGUAAUAGUAAACCACCACUUCAUCUUGUUGAAGGUGCAAACAUGGUCAUUGAUCCACCCAUUCCUGAUCCAUACACAGCUGAUUUAGUUUCUGCUGUUCAAUAUGGUUAUUAUGAUCGUGUUGUUGAAUUGAUUGAACCUGAACCAAAUCUCGCAUCAACAUCUGUUAAUGAUGGUAUAACAUUACUUCAUUGGGCAGCUAUUAAUAAUCGUAUUGAAAUAGCGAAAUAUUUAAUAAGUAAACAAGUAGAAAUUGAUGUUUUCGGUGGUGAACUUAAAUCGACGCCAUUACAUUGGGCUAUACGUGACCGUAAACUGAAAAUGAUUGUCUAUCUUUUAUCACAAAAUGCACAAGCUUCAUUAUUUGACGGGGAAGGUUUUGCAUCAAUACACCUUGCUACGAUGUUUGGUUAUACAGAUGUUAUUGCAUAUUUAGUUGCUAAAGGACACGAUGUUGAUUUACUUGAUAAACAUGGUAUGACACCAUUAAUGCAUGCUGCUAGACGAAUAGGAAAUCGAGAGCUAACACAAGUACUGAUUCGACUUGGUGCUGAAGUUAAUUAUCAAAAUCCAGUCAACAAAUUUACAGCACUUCAUUAUGCAAUUCACGACGCGAAUCUGGAUGCUGUUAAAAUUCUCCUUGAUGCUGGUGCUAAAGUUGACAUACGUAAUUCUGAUAAUGAAACUGCAUAUGAAUUAGAAGAAAAACAACCAAAACGUUUUCAUAUACGUUCAUUCUUAUUAUCGCGUCGAGUUUCAAAUCCUCAUUUGCCAAAAUGUUUACAGUUGAAUAGUUCAUAUCGACGUUUAGGCACAAAACUUCUGCCCUAUUUUAUUUUAAUUAUUAUUGCAUUUAUAUUUCAAUAUACUUUGCCAAUUAUUUAUAAGUUUAUUCUUCUUUUUACUUUGUUUUUACUCGCAAAAGGUUAUUCGAUGAUAUUUUUUGAUGAUAAUGUUGAUCGAUAUUUACCAAUUGCCAUUGCUCAAGCAUCAAUAUUUUGUCUUUAUGCUUGCUAUUUAUAUUAUUUUCUUGAAUACGUACAUGUUAUAUCAUGGAGUUUUCUUUGCCUAAUUAUAUUGACGUAUUUUUCAUGGAAAAAUUAUUAUCUUUCACAAAAAUGUGAUCCAGGUAUUAUUACGGAAAAUAAUCGAGAACAAAGUUAUCGAGUCAUUAUUCAAUUAAUUGAACAAAAUUUAUUUGGUUAUGAAACUUUCUGUAUGACAUGUCUUGUAAGGCGACCGAUGCGAUCAAAACAUUGUCGCGAUUGCGAUAAAUGUAUUGCAAAAUUCGAUCAUCAUUGUCCGUGGAUUGAUAACUGUGUUGGCGAAAAGAAUUUAGGAUAUUUUACUGGAUUUAUAUUUUUUACACCACUAUGUCUUUAUUUGUAUUUUUAUGGUGCAUACUUAUACUAUUAUUAUCAUUGCAAUUUAUUUUCAUCUGAAACUAUCAUAGAUGGCAUAAAGAAGAUGAUAGAUUGUACACCAGCCGUUCUUUGGUUUACAUCAAUAGCUAUUUUACAUACCAUUUGGAUUGGUGGACUUUGUAUAUCAAUUCUUUAUCAAAUUGCAACUGGUUAUACAACAAAUGAAAAGUUCAAUGCUUGGCGUUAUAAACAUCUUAAACUUAAGGAUUAUAGUCCAUUUUCAUUAGGAUGUAAACAAAAUCUAGUAGAUUUAAUUAAUCGACGUAUACUCUGGUACAUACCAGUUACUAUUGAUUGGACACGUAUUUAUUCAUUAGAUGACUUCUAUCAAGCACUUCCAUUAAAAAUAAGACAAAAAUUAAAUAUUUCUUCUGUUAAUUCUUCAGUGGAUUUAUACGAUGUCUGA